AUGGCUCAACUCCAGCCCGUGACAUACGAAGACAUCUUUUUCGCUAGCGCUCUGGUUGCUGGUCGUCGCUUUACUUUGUAUUGGUUAGUGUAUUAUUAUUAUUAUUAUUAUUAUCAUCAUCAUCAUCAUCAUCAUCAAUCUCAGCAUGCAAACGUUGAGAGCCCACCAUCGUCAGCGACAUGGGAACUAUUGAAUGGAGAGUUGAUACCUCAUUUGAAAAAAAGAAAAGGGAAAAAACAAAAAACAAAAGGCAAAGAGCACUCCUACUGGGUACGCUUAACAUCAACCUCUAUGGACCGGGGUUCCAAGGAGCAAACGAGUCCAAACGUCAAUGGGUUGAGGGUUGCCAAAGCGAGCAGAAUGUGCUCAGUGUCACAUAUGCGUACGAAUCAAGGCAUUCCCACGUUUCGAAGGCUCGAUGAGCAGAUUAACCGGCUCCCCCGAUACGAGGACGAGGAUUAG